AUGGAGCAAAAGACCUACAUUGAGUAGCUUCGCGAGAAGGAGAGUUCCUACGGAAAGAUCUUCAAAGUCUCAGGACCGCGUAAGUCUCGCCCUAUGGUCGUCGUCGCCGAAAGAAUGGGAGGAUCCAAGAUGUACGAGCUGGUGAAGGUGGGCUACGACAAACUGGUCGGAGAGAUCAUCAAACUGGACGGAGACUCAGCCUACAUCCAGUGCUACGAAGACACAUGUAACUGCUUGACGAUUGCCGGCCUGACCGUGGGCGAUCCUGUUGAGAGAACUAAACAACCGCUAUCGGUGGAACUCGGUCCAGGCAUCCUUGAUCAGAUAUUCGACGGUAUCCAGCGUCCCCUCAAGGUCAUUGCUGAGUACUCUCAAUCCGUGUUCGUGCCUAAGGGUGUAGACGUGCCUUCACUAAACCCGACCAAGCUGUGGUAAUUCCGACCAACUUCCAUCAAGUAGGGGGACAUCCUCUCACAGGGCGACAUCUUCGGUACCGUCUACGAGAACAGUCUCUUCUCCGAACACAGCAUCCUGGUGCCUCCCAAGUGCAAGGGCAGAGUCACCUACGUCGCCCCCGCCGGCUCCUACAACAUCCACGAGGAAGUCCUCGAACUCGAACUCGACGGCAAGAGGACCAAGUACUCCAUGAGCCACAAGUGGCCAGUCAGACAGCCCAGGCCCAUCGUCGAAAAACUCGCAGGAGACGUCCCCCUCAUCACCGGACAGAGAGUCCUCGACGCCAUGUUCCCCUCCAUCCUCGGCGGAACCUGCGCCAUCCCCGGCGCCUUCGGCUGCGGAAAGACCUGCAUUUCCCAAGCCCUCUCCAAGCACUCCAACAGCGAGGUCAUCAUCUACGUCGGCUGCGGUGAGCGCGGAAACGAAAUGGCUGAAGUGCUCGAGGAAUUCCCCGCCCUCACUACCAUCAAGAACGGCAAGGAAGUCUCUAUCAUGCAAAGGACGUCCCUGGUCGCCAAUACCUCCAACAUGCCCGUCGCCGCCAGAGAGGCCAGCAUCUACACCGGCAUCACUCUCGCCGAGUACUUCCGCGACAUGGGCAGGAACGUCUCCAUGAUGGCUGAUUCCACUUCCCGAUGGGCAGAGGCCCUCAGAGAAAUCUCUGGCCGUCUGGCAGAGAUGCCCGGUGACUCCGGCUACCCCGCCUAUCUUGCCACCAAACUCGCACAGUUCUACGAGAGAGCAGGUAAGGUGACCUGCCUCGGAUCUCCUGAACGUAAGGGAUCCAUCACCAUCGUGGGCGCUGUGAGUCCUCCCGGCGGUGACUUCGCCGAUCCCGUCACCACCUCCACCCUCUCCAUCGUGCAGGUCUUCUGGGGACUCGACAAAAAACUGGCCCAGAAGAAGCACUUCCCCUCCGUCAACUGGACCAUCUCCACCUCCAACUACGAGAGACAGCUCGACAAGUACUUCAACGAGAACUACGACAAGGAGUUCUCCAGCCUCAGACAGAGGAUCAAGGAAAUCCUGCACGAGGAAGUGGAACUCAACGAAAUCGUGCAACUGGUCGGCAAGGACUCCCUCUCCGAGGACCAGAAGCUCACCCUCGAGAUCGCCAACAUCAUCAAGGGAGAGUUCCUGCAGCAGAACGCUUUCUCUGAGCACGACUUCACCUGCCCCCUCUAGAAGGUAAUCGAUUAUAUUAAGACGACCGGCAUGAUGAAGGCGAUCGUGCGCUACUACGAGUUGGCCCAGCGCGCCAUCGUGGAGACGGCUAAGCGUCCGGACCGCAUCAAUUUCGCCUUCCUGAAGAGCCAGACGGGCGUGCAGCUGAACAAGCUGAAGCAGAUGAAGUUCCAGGACCCGAAGGUGGACCGGAAGCAGUUGAGCGAGAUCUUCAACAACCUGGUGGACGAGAUCACCACCGUCUUCAAGAACCUGAUGAACAAAUGA